AUGACAAUCAUUGCAUCAAUCAUUACUUUAUCAAAUCCAAAACAAUCAACUACUGGCUCUGUUUCAACUGUUAGUGCUGCAUUUAAAUUUGGUUCAAAUAGUGUUUCAUGCGGAGGUAGUUCAGGCUCUGGUUCUGGUUUAUUAGGAGGAAAUAAAGGUUUACUUGGUUUACUAGGCGGUUUAGGUGGUUCUCCAAAUUCAAAAGUUGGUGUCAAUAUUGGCGGUGGAAUGGGACCACAAACAGGUUCAAUGAUGGGAGGAGGUCAACCAAAUUAUUGUGGUUGUAAUUAA